UGCUUAAAGAAGAACAGCAGGAAGAUCCGGAGCCCCCCCACAUUAAAGAGGAGCAGCUUCAAGGGCUGGAGAAGGCUGACAUGACUGUGUCAUUCACUCCUGUGAAGAGUGAAGAUGUUAGAGUGGAAGCUCAUUCCUCGCAACCUAAUCACAGAAAAACUGAACAGAUGGAGACAGGAGGUGAUGGAGAGGACUGUGGAGGACCAGAACCAGACCGCAACUUGGGUCCAGCCAGUCCUCCAGAUACUGAUAAGCAAACUGGAGACUCUUCUGAGACUGAGGACAGUGGUGAUUGGAAUGAGACCAGAGAACCUCUGUCUGGUGAAGAGUUUGUCAGUGAUUCUAGAUGUAGAACAAGUGAGAAACCUUUGAUCUGUUCUGAAUGUAAGAAAACAUUUGGUUGCAUUCAGAAGCUGAGGAAACACAUGAUGACCCACACAUCAGAGAAACCUUUCAGCUGCUCAGAUUGUGGUAAAUGUUUCACUAUGAGUCACAAUCUAAAGAGUCACAUGAGAUUGCACACAGGGGAGAAACCUUUCAGUUGCUCAGAUUGUGGUAAAUCUUUCGCUAAAAGUCAAUAUCUAAAGAGUCACAUGAGAUUGCACACAGGGGAGAAACCUUUCAGCUGCUCAGAUUGUGGUAAAUGUUUUACUAUGAGUCACAAUCUAAAGAGUCACAUGAGAUUGCACACAGGGGAGAAACCUUUCAGUUGCUCAGAUUGUGGUAAAUCUUUCGCUAAAAGUCAAUAUCUAAAGAGUCACAUGAGAUUGCACACAGGGGAGAAACCUUUCAGCUGCUCAGAUUGUGGUAAAGGUUUCACCACAAAUGGAGAUCUAAAGACACACAUGCGACGUCACACAGGAGAGAAACCUUUCAGCUGCUCACAGUGUGGUAAAUGUUUCACCCUAAGGGAAAGUCUAAAUGUACACAUGAGAUGUCACACAGGGGAGAAACCUUUCAGCUGCUCACAGUGUGGUAAAUGUUUCACCCAAAGGGGAAAUCUAAAAAUGCACGAGAGAUGUCACACAGGGGAGAAACCUUUCAGCUGCUCAGAUUGUGGUAAAUGUUUCACUAUGAGUCACAAUCUAAAGAGUCACAUGAGAUUGCACACAGGGGAGAAACCUUUCAGCUGCUCAGAUUGUGGUAAAGGUUUCACUACAAAUGGAGAUCUAAAGAGACACAUGAGAUGUCACACAGGGGAGAAACCUUUCAGCUGCUCACAGUGUGGUAAAUGUUUCACCACAAGGGGAAGUCUAAAAAUACACGAGAGAUGUCACACAGGGGAGAAACCUUUCAGCUGCUCAGAUUGUGGUAAAGGUUUCACUACAAAUGGAGAUCUAAAGACACACAUGCGACGUCACACAGGAGAGAAACCUUUCAGCUGCUCACAGUGUGGUAAAUAUUUCACCCUAAGGGAAAGUCUAAAUGCACACAUGAGAUGUCACACAGGGGAGAAACCUUUCAGCUGCUCACAGUGUGGUAAAUGUUUCACUAUGAGUAACAAUCUAAAGAGUCACAUGAGAUUGCACACAGGGGAGAAACCUUUCAGCUGCUCAGAUUGUGGUAAAGGUUUCACUACAAAUGGAGAUCUAAAGACACACAUGCAACGUCACACAGGAGAGAAACCUUUCAGCUGCUCACAGUGUGGUAAAUGUUUCACCACAAGGGGAAGUCUAAAAAUACACGAGAGAUGUCACACAGGGGAGAAACCUUUCAGCUGCUCAGAUUGUGGUAAAUCUUUCACUGAUUGUGGAAAGCUGAAGAUACACAUGUAUUGUCAUUCAGGGGAGAAACCUUUCAGCUGCUCACAGUGUCGUAAAUGUUUCACCCAAAGGGGAAGUCUAAAAAUACACAUGAGAUGUCACACAGGGGAGAAACGUUUCAGCUGCUCAGAGUGUGGUAAAUGUUUCACUAGAAGUAGAGAUGUGAAGAGACACAUGAGAUGUCAUACGCUGUGUAAAUCCACAUGAUUCACAGCCACAUGAAAACUCAGAUGAGAAUCCCCUUUAACGUCUUUCCCUAAUUUACAUUACUGUUUCCCACUGUUUCCCAAAUUUAAGCGGAUGGCGUCAAUCUCACUGACUUGCAACUCUAAAUCUUACUUAAAAGCCAGCUGUCUUUUUCUGUUCCAUGAAGUGUUAGUGUUGUUUUUGCAGGUUUACAUACAGUGAUCAUCACAAGGAAAUUUAUUAGUUGUAUCAAGUUUUUGCUUUUUUAUUUUAUGUAGUCAUUGAAUACAAAUCCAACCUAUAAUUAUAUCAAUUAGUUAAUAUAAAAUAGUGUUAAUAUUGGAACGGGUGCCUGGGAAUAUUUGUACAUUUGGGCCCUGAGGUCAAAAAGGUUAAGAACCCCUUAUCUAAGGCAUGUUUCCCACUGUUAACAUUGUAACAUUACCCAACCUUAUAUUGUCCUGUCCAAUGUUGAAAUACAAGUUUGACUGAUUUGUAUGUUCCAUUUGUGUUACUGCAAGCUGUCAUAUUAUCAAUGUAUUAAUGCAUAAAUUUCCGUGAACCAAAUUCUCUUUUGCAUUUUUAAUGUGCAGAAAAAAACCAGAAGGCCUUUUAAUGUUUUUCAUGCAUUGAGUUCUUACUCUUGUUUAUAUUGUUUUAACGUUUUUUUAAGAAACUUUUUUUAGGCUUUAGUUUACCUAGUCAAUCCUCAUAUUGAGCUGCGUACAUAUUUAUAUAUCGAACUAAUACAUCUUUGUGUACAAAAAGUAGAAAACAUUGCUGAGCAAGCA